UCCUCUGCUAGAGAGCGGUCAAGCAGCUGAAGACUCAACCAUGAGCCGACCCAUCCUCCUUCUGCUCCUCGUGUCUCUGGUGUGUGCAACUGUUUGCACAGCAUUCCGACUGGACAGUCGACAGCGUUGCCUCUGUAUGACUGCCCAUAAAGUCAAGCCCUCGACCAUCAAGGACUGGAAAGUUCAUCGUCCUAGUGCGUACUGUCGCAACACUGAGAUUGUGGUGACGCUGAGGAACCAGAAGAAAGUCUGCUUACAUCGAAACACAAAAAUAUGGCAACUCAUAAUGCAAAAAGAGCUGGGGUCAGUGUAAACACUAAUACUGUCAGAAACCAGCCUCUGAUCCAUAAAGCCGAGGGAGUCGCAUUAAACUAAGACCCUUAUGAAAUCUUAGGGGAUGGAGGGUUGUACAAUACACAAGAGCAUUUCCUGCAUUUUGCAUUAUAACCUUUCAAUCAUGAUACUGUUGAAGUGUGUGUGUGUGUGUGAGAGAGAGAGAGAGAGAGAGAGAGAGAGAGAGAGACCAAAACCUCAAACUUCGUGGCAGCCACCCAGAGCUCUAAGGCCAGUAGCCAGGGCAAGCUGAUCGGACAGCUAUACCUUCUGUUAUAAAUGGUCAAAGCAGAGAUUAUAUAAGCAGCUGAUAGAAAUUGUGAUGUUUUCCUCAGGUUUGGCAGGGGAUAUGAGUUUCUUGGUCUUAAGAUUAGGGUAGAGACACAACGAAGAAUUCAAAUGAACCCCUGAAAGCUAUGGACACAGGACAAAUGAAUCUGUGACUGUCAAUGUUAUGAUUUUAAAUCUUAUGUAAGUACUUUCUUUUUCUUUUGUGCUGGCAUAUAUGUGUCUAUAUUUAAUAUUGAUAUUAAGGUGUUUGUUGAGUGUCAUACUUUUAUUACGGAAUAUUCACAAUGUGCCUUUUUAUAAACAAUUCUGUUGCU